AUGUAUUGCGAAGGAGAGCGUCUAUCUGAACCAACUGGUCCUUGUGAUGCUGGUUACUAUUGCCCUGGGGGACAAAACACUAAGACACCAACAGAGUAUGUUUGUCCAAAGGGUUUCUUCUGCCCAGUAGGAAGUCCACAACCUUUAAUAUGUCCAAGAGGAGAAUAUCAACCAACAGAAGGCCAACCUUCAUGUGAAUCAUGUUUAAGUGGAUUUUACUGUGAUCCUUAUGAAUAUGGAAACAUAACUGGAGUUAUUGUUCCAAUGGACUGUAUACCAGGACACUAUUGCCCUAUUGGCACUGAAUAUGCAGAACAAAAUAAAUGUGAAAUUGGAACAUUCUCCAAUCAGAGCAAUCUGGCCAGUCAAAAUGAGUGUACUGAUUGCACAGCUGGUUAUUAUUGUGAGGAAGCUGGUUUAACUGCCCCAACAGCUGUGUGCUAUGCUGGUUAUUACUGUGCUGGACGUGCUGAAACUCCAACUCCAACUGAUGGGGUCACUGGCAAUAUUUGUCCAAUGGGACGAUAUUCUGGAAUUGAUUGUCCAGCAGGACGUUAUGGCAACACUACAGGCCUGAGUGCUGAUAUUGAAUGUCCACUCUGUGAUCCAGGAUACUACUGUCCAAAUCCUGGAUUGGUGACACCAUUUGAUGAAUGCACAGCUGGACAUUAUUGUGAGCUUGGAGCUACAACACCAAACCCAACCAGUGAAUCUUAUGGUUAUCUAUGUCCAGUUGGCCACUAUUGUCCACAAGGUACACCCACUCCUGUGGAUUGUGGUGCUGGUUAUCGCCAACCUCAGGAGGGUAUGGAUGAUAUAUCAGAUUGUCUUCCAUGUGAUGGUGGAUACUACUGCUUGACAUCAGGACAGCCCAAUGUCACUGAUCAGUGUGAUGAGGGAUAUUUCUGUAGCAGUGCUGCCUAUAUAGCAAAUCCUACUGAUGGUGUAACUGGAGAUAUCUGCCCUAUUGGACAUCAUUGUCCACUAGGAAGUGAAAGACCCAUUCCAUGCUCCAAUGGCACCUACAUGAAUGUGACCGGUGCUGCUGUGUGCCUGGAAUGCCCAGCUGGAUACUACUGUAUUCGAGGAGACUAUCCCAUUCCUUGUGAGCCAGGGUAUUACUGUCCAGCAGGUACAGCAUAUGAUUUACAACCAUGUCCAGCAGGUACAUAUGGACCAAUUGAAGGCUUGGCAUCUUCUGAUGACUGUACUGAAUGUUCUGGUGGUAGUUAUUGUGACAUUCCAGGGUUAGAUCAUGUUGCCGGUGACUGUGAUCCAGGAUAUUAUUGCACACAUGGCGUUAAUAUUUCCGCACCAGAUAAUAAUGAUUACACUGGAGAAGGAGGUCUCUGUCCUGCCGGAUAUGAGUGUCCUCAAGGUUCCGCUCAACCUCAGGCAUGCGAGCCUGGUACUUACUCACCAAUUGAAGGGAUUGGAUGCAUGUUAUGUUUGUCCUGCUGGUAA